UUAUCGUCAAUUGUCAUAUUGAUUGUUAAUUUAAAAUAUAAUUUAUAAAAUAAUUGAAUAUGAGCAAAAUAUGGAAAUGUAUCUGAGUUUAGUUGUGAUUUUUAUAAUCUAUUGUAUCUUAUUAUUUUUUGACAUGUUUUUUAAAACUUGUGCACAUUAUCCAUACAUUCGAUUUUUGGACGGAACAGGAUUUAAAAUUAAACCACUACAAAUUGACUGGACUACUAAAGCUUUCAACAGGCUUUUAAUUAGAUUUGGCAACAAACAUCCAUGGUUUUGGGAAGUUUGGUUUACAUUAGGGUUGUAUGUGAGCUUGGUCCUCCUUCCUAUUUCAACUUAUUAUCUAUUCACUUCAUUCUUUCAAAAUUUUAGUUCUUCGGUUUCAAGUAAUGUUAUAACAAUAGAGCCAAUUGUUCCUGGAAUUAAUUUACCAUUAUCUGAGCUGGGUUAUUACAGUUUCAGUCUAGUUUUGUGUAGUAUAGUUCAUGAGGCAGGCCAUGCCUUGGCUGCAGUAAGGGAAAAUGUAAAUUUAGAAUGUGUGGGAAUUAAUAUAAUCUUUAUACUGCCAAUUGCAUAUGUAAUACUAGGAACAGAAAAAUUAUUCUCUUUAAAAAAUAAUAAGAUUUUAAAAAUAUUAUGUGCAGGGGUGUGGCACAAUAUUGUGUUAAGUUUGGUAGCUUAUUCAUUAUAUUUGUUACUGCCACAUUUAUUUUCAUUUGUUUACCAUGUUAAUCAGGGGGUGACUGUAACUCAAAUUUCAAAGUUUUCGCCUUUACUUGGACCUCGAGGCCUUAAAGUCGGUGAUGCAAUAACUAAAAUUAAUGAUUGUGAAGUUUAUAAUGAAGAAAGUUGGGUCAAUUGCAUUAAAUCAAUACACACUCGAAAAUCUGGUUUUUGUGUACAUACCGAUAUCGUUCAUGAUUUAGAUGAAAGUAUACCUUUAAAACACCUUGACAAUGGAUACUUGGAUUGUUGUAAACCAGAUAAACAAAAUUUCUGUUUUGAAAAUGUGGAUAGUGUUUCUUCAGAUGGUAUUUUAAAGAUGCCUAGCCAUGUAUGUUUGCCAGCACGAACAAUUGUGGAGAAAACUGUCCAUUUUUGUUCAUUUGAGCCACAUGAGUGCCCUGACGACUUAUUCUGUUUUAGACCACUAAUAGAAAAUUAUACAAAUUUGUUUAAAAUUGUAAAGAGCGAUAAUUCAAAUGUUAUAUAUUCUGGGCCUGUAUUAGAUGUAUAUAGAACAGUUGAUAUUUCUCCAUUUAUAAUAAACCUCAUAUUUAAUACUACUUUCAUAGCAGAUGUUACUAUGAAAGUUUUGAAAUAUAUAACUAUAUUUUCUUUGGGUUUAGCAAUUAUCAAUGUAAUACCUUGUUGGUUUAUGGAUGGUCAAUACAUUAUAAAUAUUCUAGGGAGUAUUGGUUUAUUAAAUAGUCUAGGCAAGAAGAAAACACAAUUGUCUGUAUUUUUAAUAACUACUUUAUUUACAUUUGUAUUAAUCUUUCAUUGUUUAUUUAAUUUAUGGAAAAUGUUAGCUUCAUGAAAACAAUGUUUGACAUAUUUGUAUAAAUAAAUUUUAAAGAGUUAAUUAAUUAA